UACGACAAGAGAGCAAAAGAAGAAACAUAACCUAACAAAAAAAAAAGAUGAAAAUGGUCGGAAGGAUCUUUCUCCUUUUCCUCUCCAUCGUCGUCACGGUGGUCAUCGCCGGAAAAGCUCCACCACCAACAUUCACCGAGACAGGCAAAGCUCUAGCCGAGAAACUCUGCGAGAAAUCUGAAGACAAAGCGUUUUGCGUUGCGAGCCUAACCUCACGUCACGAGUCAGAAACCGCAACCGCGCCUAAACUCGGCGUGAUAGCGUUAAGCGUCGCGUCCACAAACGCUUCGGACACAUCUUUCUACAUCAAGUCCAAACUGAAGCAGAGGAACCUCGAGCCGGCGUUGGAAGACACGCUCGACGACUGCUCCAAGAACUACUUAGACGCAGUCGCGCAGCUCGACGAUUCUCUCGCCGCUUUGCUCGCGAACGCGUUCAUUGACGUUGAUAUUUGGCUUAACACGGCUAUUAGCGAUGGAGAGGCUUGUGAAGAUGCUUUGAGCGAACGUGCUGGUAAUGAUGCUGAGCUUGCUCGCAGGAACACUAACUUCUUGAAGCUUUGCAAGGACGCUCUUCUCAUCAACACUAUCUUAACUCCAUAAGCUUACUGUUGUGGUUACUUGGUUUAUAUGUAUGUAUUUGUUAUAAUAUCUAAAAAACGGUUUGGUUUGAUUUGUGGGUGUAAACGAAACGAUAUGUGAUAUACUUGUUUUGGGAAAAUUUUGAAUGAGCAUAUUGGAGUAUAUAUAUAAUUA